GCUCCCAUUGCUUAAUUUCCUGCUUUUUAACACAAAAAUGGCUUCAUUUUCAGCAAUCAAAACUUCCCAAAUUUGCAUCCUUUUACUCUUCUCUUUUGCUUUUGUUCUUGCUUCAUGUUUUCAAUAUGAAGUUGGUGGGAAAAGAGGCUGGAUUAAGCCUGACGGAAGCGAACCCGAAACAUACAAUGAAUGGGCUGAACAAAACAGGUUUCACAUUGGUGAUACCAUUAAUUUCAAGUACAAAAAGGACUCAGUUUUAUUGGUUGGAAAAGAUGAUUAUAUGAACUGUAAUGUGAAGAAUCCACUAUUGAAAUUUGAUGAUGGAAAUACAAUCUACGAGUUUGAUCAUUCGGGUUUUGUUUACUUCAUAAGUGGGAACCCGGGUCAUUGUGAAUCGGGUCAAAAGAUGAUCAUUCGGGUUAUGGUGCAAUCUGCUGAGCAUCACCCUACUGUCAGUGCCCCAGCACCCUCAGUUGAAGGACCAAUUGGUGCCCCAGAUGGAGGAAAGGGGUUGAACACCGACUCGUGGGCCCCACCCGCUAUCAACUCUACUGAUAUGCUGUCUGUUACAUCUUGCUUCAUCACUCUGUUCAUGGGGGUUGUGAUGGUUCUUUAUCUGUUCAUGGAGUAG